CGAACAUAUCACGAAGACGUCUCACCAGGGACGUGUCGUAGUCUUUGGACAUCUGGGUCGUCUGUCACCUGUGGCAAUUGCCUGCACCAGAAUUAUGAUAUUACUUCGUAUUUUAUGAAUGUCUAUAUUCAUUUGAGAUAGCUCUAUAUAAGACGAUGGAUCAUGCGAUAUCCAGGGGUCAUCGCGAAGUCAUUAACAACCUCGUCUUAUUUAGCUAUUUAGCUAACUGCCAUAUAUUAAGCACUUCCUCGGUGCAGCUCCCCUGUACUCGAAUAUGAAAUUUCACGCCAUUCUUUUCGGUCCCGGCCUUCUAGCUGGUUCUUCUCUGGCUUUGAGAGGCCCGCUUCCACGGGUUGACUCGACGGGUUCUGCGCUCACGCUUUUCACUUCGUCAACCGGCCAGCCUUCUUUUCCAGCUGGAACCCCUUCGUCUACAUCCGGCGUGGCCCCUGUACCAAGCAGUUCCCAGGGUAUUGGUCCAAAAUGUGGCAAAGGCUAUACCUACUGUGGCUAUAUGCUCACUGAAAACGGUCAUAAUUUUGCACCUAAUGAUAUCAGCAAGGCUUAUUGCAAUGGCCUCUCGGAGCUCUGCACAAAUAGCAAGCCCAAGACAAAUGUUUCCGAAGCUGUCUUUGUCUGCAUGAACGAGCAGCCGUCUAACGUUGAGCUCUUGUGUGCCUGCAGUAGCAAAUGCCGCAACGACGCUGACACCAACUUCAUCGCCCAUUGCGACAAGCCUUGCAUCAACGCAUGAGCACGGGAUAUGAUUCAAGCAUACGGAAAGGUGUGAAAUGGGAGUUUGUUAAGACAUCCACUUGACGGGAUGGCCGCUGUGUGGUUAAUGCGAACUAAAAAAUCGUAGUAGUAUGCAACGUCACUCGUUAGUUACAUGUAAUCCGAAUUCUACUCUGCUUAUUAGCUUAUUUCAUGGACGAUCCUUUGGUUACUAUCGUAUGCUGCAGCCAUUGAUAACCCUAGUCCGUCUGCGCACAGUCUCAGGGGCUAACAAAAGGUCAAUGACGUAUGGAAAUUUUGAUAUAAUAGCCUUUUGAAUAAUAUCUCA